AUGCUGUUGAAUGAAAACAUGUUCGAGCGAGCCUUUCGAAUGACUGCCGACAGUUUUUCGUACCUGUUGGGGCUCUUAACACCAAAUAUUGAGGCUAAUAGACAGCAAUCUGCCAACUCGAGCGGGGAAGAACCAAUAUCGCCUCCACUUAGGCUCAUGACUACACUGCGUUAUUUAGCUGGUGGCUCGUAUCUUGAUAUUCGCCGUACUGUGGGAAUUAGUGGAUCUUCUUACUACCGUGUCAUUAACGAGACAAUGUUCGCGAUUCUCGGUCUACGAGAAUUGAAAAUCGUAUUUCCUUAUUCUGAAUCGGACAGAGAGGUUGUGAUGAACGACUUUAAGGCUAUCAGCUCCACAGAAGACGCUGGAGACGUAGGUACUGGACGCUAUUAUAGUGGACACUAUGCAUGUCCUGGUAUCAAUGUGCAGGCCGUGUGCGAUGCGCAUUGUCGCUUCAUAUCUGUGGAUGCCAGCUAUCCAGGAAGUACAAAUGAUGCACGUGCUUUUCGUGGGACUGGUGUGGCGAGAACAUUUGAUCACGCCAUUUAUACGCAACCAAAUUGUUGA